GCAGCUCUAGGCACCAGCUCUGGAGACAACGAAAACGAAUGCCUCAGGCGUGCACGGGCGGUGACAUCAGGCCAUCCAUCUCUCCCUCGAUGGCGGCCUGGGGCUUCCGCGCGGGUCCAUCUACGUAUCAUGGCACCAGUGGCUUGCUGAAUCAGGAUGUGACUGACUUGUAUACAACUUGUGGCCAUCAGACACACGAUCUCCCUUGAGAGCGUCCUUUGUCUUGUAAUGUCUUCUUUCCGCGAUGCCGUCGAUGGGUUCUAGGAAGAGGGUGCAGCCAGAGCCUUCAGCCGCGGCCUCACAGUCCAGCUUGCCCGCCAGCGAACAUUCCCCGCCAUCUGAACCAGCCAGGGGCCGCUCAACUUCAGAGACACAGAGGAGUGGAGCGAGCUGGUAUACCAAGUCAUGGCCCCGGGUCUCGAAGGCCGCGGCCGUUACCGAGGUUGCCCGUGAGAGCAUAUCGGUCGCUGGCAAUGUAGCCUCAGACCUGGUUGCUUCCACAGCAACUCUGUCUAAUCCUUCUCGACAAUUCCGAUCGCCAUCCAUCCGGUUGACAAAGAAAGACGGUGCGUCAAGCAGGUCACUUCCCGCGAGUGUCGCUACCACCCGUAUCAAUAUUGCGUCGAAUGGGCUAGAGUCAACACUAGAUAGUCCCGACUCCCAGACGUCAGACCCAGCCACCAGUACGAAAGACAAGGAAGACAAGCCCGCAGACUCUACCGUGACUCCGAAUAAUACGAUCAAAGAGCCCACGGGCUCUCCAAAUCCCAACGAAGCGGACGGAACUACAACGAAAAGUCGCACUCCUACUGAGGCGGAAACGGCACAGCCGCAAGAACCGGAGCAAACGCAGUCAUCGGGAUGGUUUACAUGGUGGUAUAGGCCUGCACCAGUGGAGAACAACUCUGUCGAUAAUUCACAGUCAGCUGAUGCUCCAGUCGUCCCAUCUUCGGAAGAGCAGCCACCACCGGAGACAGAAGAUAAGCAAGAGGACGGGCAGGCCAAGCAGGAUACUACGCUGUCUGAACAAGCACAUUCGGAUGCAGCGACACAGUCAACAGCACAUCCAACAGCAGCACAGAGGCGAUCCUGGUUCCUGAUGUGGAGUGGUUCUCCCGCACCGCCUAAGGCGCCUGCUGAGCAGGGACCCUCGGCGGAGCCUCGUCUGGCGACAGACCAAACUCCUGCAGAAGAAAUCAAUAAUAAACCGCCGACAGAUCCUUCUGAAAAUGGUCGUUCCGAAAGUGUUGAUUCUUCAGCACGUCAGCCCGACAAUGCCAGGUCCUCAGGCUGGUCCUUCUGGUAUAGAGAUACGUCGAAGGACUCGAGUACCAAAAAGGCAGAGGAGGUUCAGGAUGGGGAUACGGCAGAAGCAGAAUCAGCUGCUGCAAAGCAGUUGAAAGAGAACCAAGAACCUGUUCAGAAAGGACGAAGACCGCCUGCGAAACAGACAGUAAAAGGGCAACCGAAAGAGCGCGGCGAGCCUGCACCCACAGCAACUGUGAUGUCCGUGCCAGAACAACCGGCAACGCUAACAAAGACCAAAGCUCCAGAAGGACCGGCCUCGAAGCAGCUGCAGAAAGCCAUUCCCAAUCAAGUGCUUCCUUCUUUCAGAGAUACAUUUGCGACAAAAGAAUCUCCUUCAUUGUUGCAGACCAUUGGUCGUCAGACUAUUGGUCGUAUCUUCCAGUACUCGAAGGAGUCGGACAACAAGCAUGUCUACGUCGUGAAGGAACCCCCGCGGAUAAGGAAGGCUUUGGCCAUCGGGGUACAUGGAUAUUUCCCUGCUCCGCUGAUACGGACUGUUCUCGGUCAACCGACCGGCACUUCCGUGAAGUUCUCCAACAUGGCUGCAAAAGCUAUUCGCCAAUGGACGGAAAGCCAUGGUUACUCCUGCGACGUGCAGAAGAUUGCACUCGAAGGGGAAGGUCGUAUCGCCGAGCGAGUGGACUUGCUUUGGAAACUGCUUCUAAAUUGGAUAGAAGAAAUCCGGAAAGCAGACUUCGUCUUGAUCGCAUGCCAUAGUCAGGGAGUUCCCGUGGCCACGAUCUUGGUCUCCAAAUUGAUAUCCUUCGGAUGCCUGAACGCCCAACGCGUUGGAAUAUGUGCUAUGGCAGGCGUGAACCUUGGCCCAUUCCCGGAUUACAAGUCAAGGUGGAUCAGCGGCUCAGCAGGUGAACUCUUCGAUUUUGCACACGCCAACAGCCAGGUCUCCCGGGACUACGAAGCAGCAUUAGAAUCUGCGCUCAACUAUGGAGUGCGGAUCUCGUAUAUUGGGAGCAUCGAUGAUCAACUUGUGUCGCUAGAGUCAUCUCUCUUUUCACCAAUAUCACAUCCUUACAUCUACCGCGCGGCGUUCGUGGACAGCAGAGUGCACGCCCCAAGCUUUCUCUCUCAUCUAGUCGGCUUCGCACUCAAGUUGCGCAACCUCGGAAUCCCAGACCAUGGCAUAAUUCGCGAAUUGAGCUCACCGCUCGCCGGAAGUCUCUACGCCGGCGAAGGCCACUCUCGUCUCUACGAAGAUGAAGCCGUCUACUAUCUCGCUAUUGAAUUCGCCCUGGAGACAUCCAACGUGAGCGGUGCAGCCCUCCGUAUCCAAAGGCCUCCCCAGUCACCAACCCCGAAUCCUUAUAUUCUGCCCUUCGCCAUGCGUGGCCUCCUCGAAGAAGAAUAUGUCCGACGGGAACUGUACCAAGAGACCAUGGAACUCCUUAAACAGUUCGACGACUGGAAGCCCUCCAGCAAGGUACUCAAGGAUGUCAAGUUUCGACUUGAGGGCAUUCGCUCAAAACUUUGAUCUCAUCUCUGUUAUCCCGAAAGCGAACCGUUGCGGGGAAAACGCAAAAUCCACUUAUCGCUGAUUCGCGAUGUUCCACUGCAUUGUCCAUCAUUCCUUCUUUCCUUUUUUUGUCCCGUCGGAGAUAUCCGAAAGCAUUAGAACAUUAGCUACGGCGUCCGUUGGUCUGUCUUUUUCGAAGUUCUUCGCUGGAAAUUUGCUCUCAUUUUCGGAUCUUUGGAAAUAAUUGGAGCGGCGGUGUUGGAUACUGGCACAUAGAUAAUACUUUCUCUACUAGAUACAUUUUUCACCUAAUAUAUAUGUAAAUUGAGACAGAUUCUUCUUGAA